AUGGCCAAGCUCAUUCUUGCCACAGGUUUAGCCAUUCUGCUGAAUACUCAGUUGGGUUCUGCCUAUCAGUUGAUGUGCUAUUAUACCAGGUGGGCCAAAGACAGGCCAGACUUGGGGAGUUUCAAACCUAAUAACAUUGACCCCUGCCUGUGUACUCAUAUCAUCUAUGCCUAUGCUUCAAUGCGGAAUAAUGAGAUCACUCCAGUAAGCCCGGAGGACUUGAUGGAGUAUGAAGCUAUAAAUAAUCUGAAAACCAGGAACACAGAGCUGAAAACUCUCCUGGCCAUUGGAGGUUGGAAGUUUGGAUCUAUCCCGUUCAGUGACAUGGUGUCUACUGCUCAGAAUCGUCAGACUUUCAUUAAUUCAGUCAUCAAAUUCCUGCGCCAUAACAAGUUUGAUGGGCUGAACCUGGACUGGCAGUACCCUGGGUCAGGUGGAAGCUCACCUAAGGACAAGCAUCUCUUUACUCUCCUGGUGAAGGAAAUACGUGUAGCUUUUGAGAAUGAAGCCUUAGAACAACACAAGACCAGGCUGUUAAUCACUUCCACAGGAGCUGGUAUCAUCUCCAUCAUUGAGGGUGGCUACAAGAUCCCUGAAUUGUCACAGUACCUUGAUUACUUUCAGGUUAUGACAUAUGAUCUUCAUAGCUCCAAGGAUGGCUAUACUGGAGUUCAUAGUCCCCUCUACAGAGGUCCAACUGACUUUGGCAUUAAUGCCUACCUCAAUGUGGAAGACAUCAUGACCUACUGGAAGAACCAUGGGGCUGAUUCUGAGAAGCUCAUUGUUGGAUUCCCAGCCUAUGGACACACCUUCACUCUGAGUGACCCCUCUGACAAUGGAAUUGGUGCCCUUACCAUUAGUUCUGCCGCACCAUGGAAGUACACAGAUGAAACAGGAUUAUGGGCCUACUAUGAGAUUUGCAACUUCCUGGAUGAUGGAGCCACUGAGAAAUGGUAUGCAUCCCAGGAAGUGCCCUAUGCUUUUAAGAACACAGAGUGGGUUGGCUAUGAUAAUGUCAACAGUUUCAAGAUGAAGGCUCAGUGGCUCAUAGAAAACAACUUAGGAGGUGCCAUGGUCUGGCCCCUGGACAUGGAUGACUUCACUGGUUCUUUCUGUAACCAGGGAAAGUUUCCUCUGACCUCUACCUUAAAGAAAUAUCUUCAUGUCCAAAGUCGAAGUAAGUGA